AUGGUUAUACCUUUGUUAUCAGAAAAUCUAUGGGGUUCUUUGAAUGCAUUACUAUUUACAAUAAUUGUAUCACUAUCAUUAAUAUCUCACGCAAGAGCAUCUUACUUUGAUCCUGGAUUGGUUCCAUUACCGAAGAAAAGCAUUGAUUUCUCUGAUUUAUCAACAACAACUCUAAACAAUCAAAAACCAACAAGUGAAGGUUGGACGAUACAGUCAAUUUUAAAUGAUCGUUCACUAAUCGAUUCGUUAAAAGAAGAUGAUGUAAGAAUGCAACCAUUGCCACCACCACGCGUUUUACUGCGAAAAAUAUUUGGAGCAGGUCCAGUAAUAUUGUGGUUUUUUCCAUGUGAUUUAAAAAGUACUUCUCGUACAACUGAUUCUGUUGAUAUGUUUCGCGUCUAA